UUAUUCCUAUCGCGAUGUCUCUCUAGAAACGGUGUGUCCUAGAGUGAGUCAAUAGAAUAGUUACGUACUUGGACUGAUUAGUUCCUGAGCAAUGUGGCGUCUCUCCUGUCGGGUCGAGCUUAGAUAAGAGAAUCCACACAUGCCACUAGACCCCGCCGCAUUCACGACGGUGAUUCUGCUGUCCUGUUCCUGAGAAGACAUCGAACUUCCAGGCAAUUAACGAGAUCAGAUCCAGAGCUGGGCAUUUAACAUCCUCAGCUCUCCACAAACUGCGUUUAUAUCUCCCUUGAAUCAACACUGCUGCUGCCACCAUGGGUCGACUCGAAGGCAAGAAUGCCAUCAUCACUGGCGCCGCAGGUGGAAUCGGUCUGGAGACCAGCAUCCUCUUUGCCCGCGAAGGUGCCUCUGUCCUGAUGGCCGAUAUCUCCGAGCCUGCACUCGAGAAAGCCCUGGCCAAGGUGAAGGAGCUGGUUCCUAACGCCAAGCGCGUCGAGACGAUCAAGUGUGAUGUCUCCAAGGAGUCCGACGUGAAGGCCAUGGUGGAGUCUCAGGACAGCUGGGGCGGCACGGAUGUCAUCUUCAACAACGCGGGUAUCAUGCACGCCGAUGACGCCGACGCUCUCGACACUCCCGAGAAGAUCUGGGAUCUGACCCACAACAUCAACGUCAAGGGAGUGUGGUUCGGUUGCAAGCACGCCGUCCUGAGUCUGCGCAGACACAAGAAGACCAAGGGUAGCAUCAUCAACACGGCCAGUGUGGUUGCCCUGGUCGGUAGUGCUACUCCUCAGCUGGCGUACACUGCCAGCAAGGGUGCUGUCCUAGCUAUGACCCGCGAGCUGGCCAUUGUGCACGCCCGCGAGGGAUUCCGUUUCAACUCUCUCUGCCCUGCUCCUCUCAACACUCCUCUCCUCCAGGACUGGCUUGGUGACGACCAGGCCAAGCGCCACAGACGUGAAGUGCACUUCCCCACUGGCCGUUUCGGAGAGGCCAUCGAGCAAGCCCAGGCCGUCGUCUUCCUCGCCAGCGACGAGAGCAGCUUCGUCAAUGCGGCCGACUUUGUUGUCGAUGGAGGCAUGACCAAGGCCUACGUUACCCCUGAGGGACCAGCUGUUCCUCCUCCCCAGAACCUGGCUCGGUAAACCGGUCAUGAUAGAUACCUUUAGAAUAAUACCUUUUUCUUCCCUAUUAGCAUAGACGGGAUGCUAGUUCUCAUAUCUAUAUAUCUGAACAUUAUUAAAAAUAACAACUAUCUACAAAUGAAUCGAGCAAGA